CAAAUAUUUUUGUUUUUAUAUAUAAACUUAAAAAUCAUAAAAGAAAAUAUUAUUUACACUUGUGAAUAAUAAAAGAUGAGUAAUCCCACUGUGGAACAAGUGGAUACACUCCUAACAUACCUAUCAGAGCACCAGGAGUUAGCUCGUGGCCUCUGUAGAAAUGCAGAAGGGCGAACAAGAUCCACCCAAUUAUGGGUUCGUCUCACAGACGAACUCAAUGCAUUGGGUGGAUGCACUAAAACUAUAAAGCAGUGGCAGAAGGUAUGGGCUGACAAAAAAUAUCUGACUAAAAAAGCUGCUGCUGCUGCUCGAAGGUCUGCCACAGCCACUGGAGGAGGGCCAUCAUCUGCUGAGCCUUUAAACCCAAUACAGAGCAGAAUAUUGGACAUUAUGGGAGAGGGCUUUGGAGAACCUCAGUCGGAUGCACAUGUUCCUGCAUUUCCAGAGGUGCCCAGCUCAGCAGAUGAAACUCCAUUAGAGAUUCAAAAUAUAGAGCAGCAGCAGCAGCAAAAUCCUCAGCAAAUGAUGCAACAUCACGGGUUCAUAUUUUCUAAUGCAUAAAUAUAAUUAAGACAAGUUGCCUUAGUUAUAUUUGUACAUUUUCAAAACAUUUUGGGCAUUUCAUAAUGUUGAUUGAAAUCUAAUGUUGAUUGAAACUAUUUAGAAUGAUCAAAACUUCAACGACUACUACACGUCCAGAGCGACGACGCCGUCGAGCAGACGCCAUUGGACCUCGCAGUGUACGCAGGCGUUUAUUUGAAAUGGAGGAGCGGCGAAUCGCAGCGGAGGAUCGACGGGUGGAAGAGUUAGGGCUGAUUCGCCAAUCACUCCAAGAAUUAAAUGUAUUAAUAAGGGAUGGAUUGGAGGGUCUACUAAUAGAAUUAAGACGAAUGAAUAGAUAAAGUUUUGUUUUUUUUUUAAUUUUAUAUGAUCAAAGUUGAUUUGUGUUAGUUUGUUGAUUUGUUGAAUAAUAAGUAUAAAAAUUUUACUUAGCUUUAUAUAUAUCAUUGUUGAUUUGUUUAAUUAUGUUACUUUGUUGAU